AUGAAUACAACGUUAGAAAGUGAUAAAUUAGGCGAAAAAAUAACAGAAGCCGAACAAAUGAUGGACAAUUUAACAGUUGAUAAAAAAGUAACAGAGGAAGAAUUUCAAAACUUUAUGCAACGCGUUACUCAAGUCGAAAAAAUUGUUAAGAAAUUGGCAUCCUCCAAUCCCAAGGAGCAAAAGAUCGGAGAAAUAUUAGCGGACGAAAUGUUAGAAAACCGGUCUGAAAGGAACAUCUCCGAAAAUGUUGAAUUAAAAGUAAAAACUAAUCGCACAAUGAUCAACACGCGUUCCACUACCGAAACUUCUACUCCCGAACAAAUGUCCCAAGAGGCGUUUAUGAGAAGCGUAGAAAAAGAUGCGAAAGAAAGAGCAGAGGAUCGAAAAGUUAGAAACGAACGAGCAGAAAUGUUGAAAGCAAUUGGUAACGGGGCUUUCAAAGAGGGAAAUUACGAAAAAGCUGUAACCUAUUUUAGUAAAGCGCUCGAGCAACGAAAAGAUUCGACCGUGUUAUGGAACAACAGGGCUUUGUCGUAUAUUCAGCUUGGAUUAUUCGAAAAAGCCUUAGCCGAUUGCGAGUGGGCAUUAAAAGUAAACAACGCGAAUUUGAAAGCUCUCUUAAAUAGUGCUAAAUGUUACAAACAACUUGGAGAUGAAAUCAAAUACAAAGAAUAUAUUGAAUUAGCAAAAGAAAGGAAUCCACACUUCAACAAAUUUAUUAAUGAAUUUGAAGAAAGUAUGGACAUGCGCGUUAAUUUCCAAGCCUGA